AUGCCAGUGCGUGCUGUGACCACCAGGUUCAUGUACAAGGGACUUUGCACUAUUCCAGAUGUCCUCUCCUACCGGACCCCUGUUAACCUGCCUGAGGAUGAGGUGGAAGAGAUCCGUGAGGCUUUCAAAGUGUUCGACCGGGACGGGAAUGGCUUCAUCUCAAAGCAGGAGUUGGGGAUGGCAAUGCGCUCUCUGGGCUACAUGCCCAACGAGGUGGAGCUGGAGGUGAUCAUCCAGAGGCUGGAUAUAGACGGUGAUGGUCAAGUUGGCUUUGAGGAAUUUGUCACGCUACUUGGUCCCAAACUCUCUUGUGCUGGGAUGCCUGAUAAGUUUCACGGAGCAGACUUUGAUUCAGUGUUUUGGAAGUGCGACAUGCAGAAACUGACCGUGGAUGAACUCAAGAGACUGCUGUACGAUACUUUCAGAGACCACCUCACCAUGAAAGACAUCGAGAACAUCAUCAUGACCGAGGAGAGCCACCUGAACAGUCCAGAGUGUCACGUGGACAUCGACACAAGCCCAACACAACAGGAGAAGCACACAUGUGUGCGUAAAAGUCUGAUUUGUGCCUUCGCUAUCGCAUUCAUCAUCAGCGUUAUGCUCAUUGCAGCGAAUCAAAUGCUCCGCAGAGGAAUGAAGUAA